AUGGUCAACAAGUUAGAUUCCACAGUGUUUAUGCAAGUGCGACUCGGUGCAGAAGCUCGUGGAGCGACAUCAUCGACAGCGGAGAUCAACUCAUAUCUGCCGAUAACGGUGUCUCGAUAACGCCUGAUUCCGUUCUUCCUCCAGAAAGGUCGAUUUUUAUCCGCGAGAGCGAAGCAAGUGGAGGUAUGUUCGAAGCGAUCAACGAAUUCUGUCCCGCGAACUCGCUUGGAGGACGAGCUCCUCCUCGCCGAGGGAUGAUUCGACACGACCGGUUCGUUUCAAGGGAAAGCCGAUUGUACGAAGAUAAAAUAGCACGAAACGUCAACGAGACAUGGCGAAAGAGAGGCAAUUCACGAGAAGCGAAAUCGAGCAGAAUGACGAGAAGGACACUGUACUGAUCAUCUUGCACGACAAAGUAUACAAUGUUUACAACUUCCUCAACGAGCAUCCCGGCGGCGAGGAAGUCCUGUUCGAUCACAAAGGCAAAGAUGGCUCCGAGGACUUUGACGAUGUCGGGCAUUCGAACGAUGCUAUGAUGCUGAUGAAGCAGUACCAGGUUGGCAUGCUCGUCGAAUCGGAUAGGACGAAUCAAUCGCCGAAGCAGGGCUGGGUGACGGGAUACGGCUUGAAAGAGACAGCUCACAUGGAGAGAUCCGGCAUACCCUUCUACUUGCUCAUAGGUGGAAUCGCGCUCGCAAUGACCAUAAUAUUUUAUUCUUUUUAAACAAUCGUCUUCGUUGGAUAAUUGUACGCAACGCGAGAAUGAUGUGAACGUGUGGAUAGUGUGAUAAAACGAUGCACAGAAUGUAGGAACAUUCUCACAUUAUUUUAAUGCCAUUAUGUUUUCGAGAAUACGUAUCUCUAACAAUAAGUAAUUAAUUUUGUUUUGAUGGGAGAGGUUUUAUUUUGUACACUUGUAUUUCUCAAAGCGGUUAAUGUUCGAAUGAUAAUUUCAAUAUACAAUAUAUACAAUAUUUAUAAAUGAAGGUAUAUAAUUAAUUACUAAAAAUAUGAAAGGACUAUCGAUUUUUGUAAAACAUUUUUUUAUUAAAAUUAGAACAUAUUCGCCAAUUUAUUGGAUUAACUUUAAUCAUCAAAUUAAACAUUUCCUUACGUAAAUUGCCAAGUUAAAACAAGUUUUAUCUGACGUCUUAUCGAACUAAUUUUUACUGCUGUGUAAGCAAGUUGCUUAAGUUAAAACAGUUUACUUUAUAUGCAAAUCGGACAAAUUAAAGAAACAGUCAUUAUAUAACAAUGAUAUGAUGAAUAAACAAUUAUAUACAAUGUCGACGCUGCAAUAAAAACGAAAAAACCAAACUGAUGGAAAAAAAGAGAGAGAAACAGAAAUAGGGAGAGUAUGUCAAGAGAAUAUGAGAAUAUGGAAUGUUCGACUCUCGAAAUUGGAGAAAAAUAUCGGGACAUAGCAAAGUAUAUAAUUAUAGAUAUCAGGAAACUUAUAUACGCACAAAUUGUUUUGAAAAAUUUCUGAAAACCAAAUAUAUAUAAAUUCUUUAUAUGAUUUUGAAUUUUCUAUAAAACUACAAAUUUAAUAUUUGAAGCAUUGAAAAAAUAUCAAUUUUAAUAAAAAAUGUAUAUAUAAAGAGCUAAAGAGAUAAUUUAGUGACUGUUGAGAAAAUAUUUGAUAACUCGUAUCAAUUCAAUAGAUAGCCUUAGAAAUCGUCUAUGCAGCCUUUUUUAAAGAAAUGUGUUAUCUAUGAAUCCAAGAUAAGAUUAUUGCUUUUAUCUUAAGUUUAUCUAAUUAAAAUGUAUCGACUUUGCUUCGUAUUUACUUUGUGGAUAACGAAAAAUAAGAAUUUAAUCUAUGCGUAUCGCAUGUUUCGCAUUAUUUAUAUCGCAUUUUACUUGUUAAUGAUAAAUAUCGUUAACAUUAUCAAUUUUCAAAUACAAUUUUUUUUUUAAACCUAAAUUUUUUUAAGCAUAAAUUUUCGUCACAAUAUGCUGUUCCACGCCGUAUGUUCACUGCUGGGUAUUUCUGUGAAUUAUUGCAAAACGAUACGCUAAAAAAUGAAAUCUGGAAAUUUUACAAUCCAGAGCGCACAUUCUUUUCUAUUUGAUUAUCCACAAGGGAAGAUACGAAUAAAUGAAUUGCGCGCAACAAUGAUAAAUAACUAAUUGAGAAAGUUAAAAAUAUUAAUGAAGAAGGAGAAAACCACGAGUCAGCUAGUGUUAACGGAAGCGUAAGAAUUUAACAACACAACAUCUGAAAUUAAGGAAAAACGAAAAACACGAGAUGAUCAAUAGAAUUCAUUCGAGAGUAAAUGAUACCUUUGCAAGUUGAUGAACAAACAUCAUCCUGCCGAAUUGUAC